AGAGCUCAGGUCAUGGCCCGCAAGUACUUCUACUUCGACUAUGACUACUAUGGGGUGAGCUUUUAUGAGGAAGAAAUAAAGACCGCCGAACCCGAAGAAAGGUUGUCCUACUCAGCAAACAGUGGCACCUUUGACCAAGGAGUCAUAGACGCCCUGAAUAAGCUAUGCUGUGAGGGCCACCAGAGCUCUCUGGGCAACCACAGCUACGAGAGCUAUGACAUGAAUAACAACCAAGACACCGAGAAAGGAGAGCUGGUGAUGGCCAGGAACAUGGCCAGAGCCAGUGACCAGCCAUCAUUCAGGAUUCCUCGGAAACCAUACAAAUUCACGCCUGGACAGCUGUGGGAACUUCGGGCAGUUUUCGAAGAAACUCAGUACCCAGACGCUCUCAGACGAAAAGAGCUGGCGGAGCUCAUGAAUGUGGAUGAACAGAAAGUGAAGGAUUGGUUUAAUAAUAAGAGGGCUAAACUUAGGAAGAACCAGAAGUUAAUAAUGACAAACAAGCACCCUGCUUCUACCAAGGAGACUCCCGACAUGAAGACUUUGGUGGAGUCCAAGAAUGUCAUCAUUCUCCAGGAGCAAGUCGGGGAUGGGCUCUUCUGGUGUCACCAGAUCUUUGACACCUGUGCUGGCCAGAACAUCCCUGUCUCUCUCCCCUUACAUUAG